AUGGGGGAAAAAUUGACAGUUGCUCAAAUGAAGGGGUGUCUUUCCUUGUGGAUGAAUGAAAAUGUAAGAAGUAUUGGAAAGGCGAGAGCUUCAGAAAUAUUAAUUCAUGGUUUGUCUCCAAUGGCUCUUGUGUCUGACGUAAAAAUAGAAGGCCUUUUCUUAAGUCAACAAAAUUCUAGUGUGAUUUUGAAAAUGGCAGUCAAAUCCAACGGUCUAGCCUUCGAAGCACCAACAGAGGACUUUGUAAGUCUCCCUGGGAGUGCCUGUGUGACAGGCCUGGCCAUCAUGAACAGCCAAACGGAGGACCUUUGUGUGGCCGAUUCUAGUCCAUCUGGAGGAAUCUACUUGGUAGAUUGCAAAGACGCAUCUUUCACCAAGCUCAUAAAGAAGGGAUCACCGUCCUUGAAGACUGUCGUCGAUGUUUCCGCAACAAGCAAGGGAAACUUAGUGUUUUCCCAUGUGGAAGCAAGGAGGAUUGGUAGAUUUGAUUCCCGUGCAGCAAAUUAUAUCGUGGGGUCAGGAAUUGAUGCAUCAAAAGAUGGUUGCGAGAAAACGGCUUCUUUUGUCCAACCAACUGGCAUCUGUGCAGAAAGAGAGACAAUAUUUUUGACAGACACCGGUGCAGCUGCCGUGAAAAUCGUAUCACCCACUGAAGCACUUGCAGAUUUUUUAAAGCAUAAUUCUAUGCUGUAUACUUCACAUGGGAUUCACAGCAACCAACCUCCCGAUCUUCUAACAGUGAUCUCCAUUAUGAAAGAAGCAGUUUCUUACUUUGAAGAAGCCAUCACUGCAGCAAGGGCCAGAGUCGGUGGCAGAACGUUUGUAGAAGGCCCUCACGGUGUUCCAUCCUCCAAGACUAUUUCUAGAACGAGAAUGACCCUGGAGGCUUUAAAACGAAUUCAACGUGAAAUAGAAGCUGUACAUCGAGAUUACGUAAGCAAGGUAAAUGUGAAAGCCUUGGUGACUCUUCUCAUCGAGCAUUUCGACUCAAAAAUGAGAUCCAUUUAUGACAUGCCAACAGUUCAACAGUUUUGCUACCAAUUUUCUGCUGCCGUAGAAGAAACUCUCAAAGAAUCAGUAAUUGUAACUUCAGCUAUUUUACCUCGCCAUACUCGUAUUAUGACGUUCCCGAUGGGAUGGUUGUCUUUAGCCUUUAGCGAGGAAAGGAUGCAAAGAAGAUGUAGAAAAGAAUAGGCAAUGGGCUAGAACUUAUGGCGAUAGCACACGACAGCUGAGCGUGAAAGCGAAAUGAACCAAAGACAAUCCAGGCACUUUGCCUAUCAGCGCCUAUGGCCGACCGAAGCUUCCAAACAAUCCAGCGAGUUUGAAGGACCUCACCGAAAGAUUGGAAGAAGAAAGUGUAACGGCUGACGUGAAUGACACUUGA